CCCAUUCACCACUGAAAGCAAAAGAGCUUUGUUUUGAAGGCUGCUUUUUAAGAAAUAUGCAAGGCUCCGAUGUAUAUGUCCUGUCAUCAGCAUUUGACUCACUUCAUAAAUAUAAAUUUGAUGGGGUUGUAUACCUCAGCUUUGCGCUUCUUGUCCUCGCAAGGUCUUGGGGGCCAUAAACCACUCUGGAAUGUGUUUGAAAAAAUUAUAUCACAAAGUUGCUUGAUUGAAGGACGCAGCCGUGACAAGAAGAUGCCUGACCGUGACACCUAUAAUGGUAAUGGUAGCGAUGAGGCAAGUGCCAACGCUGACGACAUCUGCCGAGACUUCCUGCGUAAUGUCUGCAAGCGGGGCAAACGUUGCCGUUUCCGCCACCCUGACAUGAACGAGGUGACCAACCUGGGGGUCAGCAAGAACGAGUUCAUCUUCUGCCACGACUUUCAGAACAAGGAGUGCGUCCGCAUCAAUUGCCGCUUCAUCCAUGGCACCAAAGAGGACGAAGACUGUUACAAAAAGACAGGGGAGCUUCCCCCGCGCCUCCGUCAGAAAGUGGCGGCCGGGCUUGGCCUGUCCCCGGCUGACCUCCCUAACAGCAAGGAAGAGGUUCCCAUCUGCCGAGAUUUUCUCAAGGGGGAUUGCCAGCGUGGGGCCAAGUGCAAAUUCCAGCAUCUGCAGCGGGAUUAUGAAUACGACGCCCGGGGCCUGGCUACCCGGGAACAGGGUAUCACCACCCCUGUGCGUCGCUAUGACCCCUAUGACCCAAUGUAUGACUCUGACCGAUGCUAUGAUGACCACGACCCUGUGCUCAAAAGGAGGCGAGUGGAUGGGCUCCACUUUGAAACGUACGAGUACAACUUUACUAGUCCGCGCACGGUGGAAUAUCGUCUCCUGGAAGAAGAAAACAUCAUGCUCCGCAAACGAGUAGAGGACCAAAAGCAGGUCAACAACCUCCUGGCCACCAACGAAGUCCUCUUGGAACAGAACGCCCAAUUCCGCAACCAAGCCAAAGUGAUGACCCUUAGCUCCACGGCUACAGCCACCGAGCAGACUCUGGCUCCGACCGUGGGCACUGUGACCAACUAUAACCACAGCAUUGCCCAAACUCACACGACUCUGAGCAGCCAGGCCCUGCAGCCACGUCCCGUCUCCCAGCAGGAUUUGGUAGCCCCCGCUGGAGCGCAGGCAGCACCCCCGAGCAACGCAGCCCCUCCUAUGAACCCUGAAAUCACCCCGCUGUCAGCAGCUUUGGCUCAGACCAUUGCCCAGGGGAUGGCUCCCCCUGUAUCCAUGGCCCCCGUAGCUGUAUCGGUAGCGCCGGUGGCUGUGUCGAUGGCUCAGCCUCUCGGGGGCAUUACCAUGAGCCAUGCCACUACUCCCAUGGUGACCUACCCCAUAGCCUCCCAGAGUAUGAGAAUAACAGCCAUGCCUCACUAGCCCAUGUUCAGUGUUAAUGCUAUCAUUCAGUCUACGCCAUGCUGUUCCUAAGUCAAGGCUGGGCACAGAUCCUGUUGAAAGUCAAGGCAAA